AUCCACGGUGUCAACAACAGUCGCCGCAAACAGAUCGAACAACACCGGCGCUUCCGACUUUGGAGGAUACUUCGCAGUAGAAACGUUCUAAAGAAACGAAUAAAGGAGAAGAAACUCGGUGAACCAUGACCGUUCCUUACCGACUCACCAAGGUUUUCUGUGUGGUCUCCUUUCUGUAUUGCCCGCAGAUGACAGCUGCCUUCGUGCCGGCGGCGCUGCCGUUCCCGGUAGUUCGGACCGGCAACACGAAGCAAUCGACCCAGAAACUGAACAUGAGCGUUCCCAACAACCUGGACGUUUUGACCUCGGGGCUGGCGUCUAUUUUCUGCCUGCCCCGUGGUGUCACGGUGUCGUCUCCCCCGGCGGGAACCAAUGGCAUUCGGAUUGCCAAGCUCUACGACGUCGAAAACUCGAAGGAGUGCCGUGGAGUCCGCGAGCGAAUCACCGAGCUGGACCUCGUCGUCGAGCAGGUCGUCCCGGUGGCUGCCGGUUCGAGCAACGCGGCUUUGCUGCCUGGGGGAAAGGCCCCCGUUUUGGUGGUGGCGUCGCCGCCGGCGGCCGGAGACGAGAAAGAAACACUCCGGACGAUCCAGGGCCGGGGAGCGAUUCUGGAAUAUUUCGACGAAGCCUUUGGCGGUGCGUCCCAAAGCAAUGCUGGGAGCAGCCAAGAGGAAUCGGAGGACGACGCCCUGGCCAUUGCGAAGGAAAAGCUCCGGCUCGCGGGUGUGUAUCUGGCGGGGUGGAUGCGAUCCGGGAGAGGGGAGGCCGUGUCCCCGUCCGUUGCGUCUCCAUCGGAAAAGGCCAACCGCCCCGAGAAGCCACUGGUGCUGUAUUCGUACGAGGGAAACCAGUUUUGCCGGCUGGUGCGCGAGGUGCUGACGGAACUGGACAUCACCUACGAGCUGCGCUCGGCCGGGAAAGAAUCCCCCCGUCGCGCCGAGCUCGCGUCGAUCACCGGGGGCUCCUCGCAGUGCCCCUACCUCAUCGACCCCAACACCGGGGUGUCCAUGCCGGAGAGCGCCGACAUUGUGGAGUAUCUGUACAAGACCUACGCGCUCUGGACCCCCCCGAGCGAGAUACUCGGCUGGGCAUCCACCAACGUGAUGGCCCUGGCCAAGCCCGUCUUUGGCUUUCUGGCCCCCCUGCAAGCAGGAGAAAAAGACGCCGAGUCCAACUACAGGGGCAACCUCGAGAGUGCAAGGCGCGAGAUCGAGGCCGAGGUCUCUAGGAAGGCCGUAGUUGUCUAUACCUACGAACUGUCGCCCUUUUCUUCCGAGACAAAAUCCCUCCUGGAACGACUCGGCGUGGAGUACAAGGAGAUAUCGCUGGGAAAGGAGUGGCUCCCCGGUUUGAUUGCCGAAAACGGAGCCAUCAAGAGGGCAGCACUCUUGGAUAUGACCGGUCAGUCUUCGUUGCCGCACAUAUUCGUCGAUGGCAAAUCGAUUGGGGGUCUCUACAGCGGAUCUCCGGGCCUGGUGCCCAUGUUAGAGAGAGGAGAGUUCUCCAAGGGAAAGCUAGCGAGGGAAACGUUUUCUGGAAUAGAUGACGACGCCGAUGCCUUUCAGUAGGGGCAGAUUUUUGUUGUGGUCGGGUCUCGAAGCUAGAUAAGAGUACGUUGCGACCUAUUGGUACCCCUAAAAUAGUUUUAG